CGUAUUUUUCUAGACGCAGCUGACGAUGUAAACAAGAAAAGACAGUCGAGGGCAACAGGGAUCAAACAGACCAGUGUCACCGCAAAUGAUAGCCAUUAAAUAUUCUUAAAAGGUUGACAUGGGGCUCCCUGUUACUAUUAAAGUCAAUUUCCGGGGGAAUGUGAAGAGAUUUCUUGCUCAAGAUUUGGACAAAUUGGAGUGGGAAUCGGUGGAAGCCUGGAUAAAAGCGUCAUUCGGGAUCAACCACUUUCAAGUAAAAUACUUCGACGAGGAUAAUGAGGAGAUUUGCAUAAACAGUCAAGAUGAAUAUGAAGAAGCCAUCAAGAGUGCAGAGAAGCAGGGGAACCAGUUGCACAUGAAUGUGUAUAAGAUGAAAGGGCAGGCCUGUGGAGGCCCACUGAAGACUGAGGUGAAGGAACUGAAAGGAGAUCUACGACCUGCUCCUCCUUAUCCCUCGAGGGUCAAGACAGUGGACAAAGGCACUCAAGUCACCCCAGAACGAGAGGCUGUCACAGUAAAAGACAGCAAGGGGAACAAACCAGAAGAUGAGCCUCCUCCUGUGUGGUUUAGAUCUUAUAUGGAAAAGUUUAAGGAUGAGGUGGUGAAAGAAGUAGUGGAAAGGAUGUGCAGUGACUUUUCUGGUCAGUGUUGUACACACAAGUCUUCUGAUGGAGCCCCUGAGACCAAUGGAGCAAGUGGAGGUGCCAUGGGGCCUAGGCCAGGACCUUCCACCUCGAAUGGAUCCCUUGGCUACACCCCAAACUGCAGCAGCUGCAACAAACUCACCUCUGAAGGGGCUUACAAAUGCAGUGUAUGCCCGUCCUGCAUCCUGUGUGAGAUGUGCAGACAUAGCCAUGACCCCAGCCACAACCUCGUUAGAACCAAGACACCUCUCUCCAUCCCUGAGCAUGGAAUGUCUGGAGAAUUAAGGUUCCCAAGGCGAGGAGACAGGACAGUGCGAAAGGCCGAGCGACAGCGCCUCAAAGCUGAAAGGAGGCAGCUAAGAGCCGAAGUGAAGGAAAUCAAGAAGAAACUGAGACUGGAGAAGAGGGGGCUGCAGUGGAGUGGGCCCUCUACCUCAGGCAGAGCCAACCUGACAAACAUGGCCUCCGCCUCCACCCAGGUCCCAGCCCUGCCCCCCACUGCUGCCUCAGAAACAGCCUCAGGUCCAGCCCCAGCCCAAGGUCCCAUCCCUGCCCCGGUCCCUGAUCCCCAGGCCUCCAGUCCAGAGGGUCCUGGGGUCUCGCACACGUCCUUGGUGCCCACUAUGGCUGCCUUGUUUCUGGAUGAAAAUCUGCCUGACGGCACCCGUCUGGAGCCUGGUACCAAGUUCAUCAAAUACUGGAAGAUGAGGAACUCGGGCACUAUCAGCUGGACCUCAGAGACUAAGCUAGUGUUCAUGUGGGGAAACCUUGGCCUGGCGUCAGAAGAGAAGAGGGAGGUGCCAGUUCCCUUACUGCUGCCUGGACAAGUGGGUGUGGUCAGUGUGGCAUUUGUCGCUCCUGUGAUGGAGGGGACGUACACCUCCCACUGGCGGCUGGCGCACUGCGGGUGUCAGUUUGGCCCACGCGUCUGGUGCAGCAUCGUGGUUGAUCCUGGCAAAAGUCGCCAUGUUCUUGGUCCACAGAACAAAAGACGGAAGAAUGAGGUGAGGCCAGUGGAAAAGGAGAAGGAGGUGAGAUCCAAGGACAACAUCCUGUCUGUAGACAUCAACCAUGAAGACUACUACUUCCCUUCAGUCGACCUUCUCACUGCACAGGAUCUACUAUCUUUUGAGCUACUGGACAUUAAUAUUGUGCAAGAGUUGGAGAAGGUACCCAACAAUACUCCUGUUGACUUGACACCUUGUAUAUCCCCUCUGCCCCACGAUAUACCUGUGUUGGAAAAGGCAAUUGCCUCACAAAUAAAAGAAGACACUAUGGUCACAGGGGUCAAAAAACUUUUUGGAGUGAAAUCAAAGCACCAGAAAGAGGUGUUAGAAUCUGGGAACCAGGAGGAAGACAGGGAAGAGGAGAUCAGCGGAGCCCAGUUUCUCUGUGAAACGGUGAUCCGCUCCCUCACCUUGGAGGAGGCACCUGAUCACAGACCAGUGCGCAGAGUUCAACACAGCUAUAGUAGCCACAAACCACAAGUUAUUUCCAGAGGCCCCAGCUUUUGCAUUGAACGAUCAGUUGAAGUUGAAAAGACAGCUAAAGUAAUGAAGGGAUCACUCCCACUAGAGUUGAGAGCUUGGCUCCAUCCUUCAACACAGCUGUCAAACCAAAGGAGAACACAGGACCAGUCAUUUUAUUGCCCAAGGCUAAUUUCUUGUUUUCUUGUGCCAGAAGCAGAGAAUGAAAAUGUGCAUAUCGGUGCUCAUGACAGUAAUGAGGAGGAAGGUGUUGUCGUCUUAAAUGACAUGGAAAAGAUGAAGGAUGCUGAAGAAGAGAAAGAGGAGCAGGGAAUCAGAGGAGAAGACUGGGAUGAGGUCAGCAGCCAGACCUCCUCUGUCUCCUCUUGUGACGAUUACAUCAUCGUCCUCCCAGACUGCUUUGACACCAGCCGGCCUCUGGGGGAGUCCAUGUACAGCUCUGCCAUGUCACAGCCCGAUAGCAUCAGAGCUGUGACCUCAGCCGGGCCAGACAUACAGCAGGAAAAGGAAGAAGAUACCAACUCUAAGCUGGACACAGUGGCAUCGCUAACAGAGAGGCAGGAAUCAAUAGAAACAGUCACUGCUGAAUCCUCUGAGAACGUGUGGUCAUCCUCCGGCCCUGCCAUCCACAGCAGUGUCAACCAAAUGCUGUGUGCCUCCCAAACCCUGGAUGCUGUGACUCUGACGCCUGAAGUGGUCCCACCACCGCUGCUCCCCGACCCACUGCUGCCUCCACCGACCCUUUACUCACCAAGGUCAGAGGCACUGUAUUUGGCUGAAGAUCCCAGUCCUCCAGCUUGUGAGCCUUAUGAGCCACAUCAACCAAGGGUCCACCUAAAUGUAUCAUCUGGUUUGUCACGAUCAGCAGGCUCAGCAUCCAGUGCCUUUGAGACAUAUAACCCCAGACCCAGCAACGCUUUGCUGCCAAGGGGCCAAGGAGGCAUCACAGAGGGACUUGUCAAAGGAGCACUAUCUGUGGCCGCAUCAGCUUAUAAGGCUCUUUUCACUGGACCAAACUGUACCAUACAGCGAGGCAUCGACCCAGCCACCAGGCAGGACCCUUCCAUGAUGGCGAUGCUGCUCGAGAUGGGUUUCAGAGACCAGCGGCUCAACCAGCGUCUGCUGAAGAAGCACGGCUACAGCCUCCUGCACACGGUCAACGAACUGGUGCAGAUGGCCGAGGACCGGCAGAACGAAGCCGUCGACACUCACCACUGAGGGAGGGAAGGCUGGCAUAAGGUCUUUAAAAGCUGUUCAUAGGGCAAAACAUCCAAACAUCACUUAAAGAGAAUAUUUAGAUGACGUCUCUCACCCUUUUAAAUGUUUGGAUGUUUUUGAUUAAAGCAACUUAAAAGAAAACCUAUUUAUGAUUCCUAAACACUGAGAUUUUUUCAAAGGGCGGGGAGGUUUAUUUAGACAAAGACAAAUGAAGUUUAGUCACACAGUGGCACAAAAAUGAAAGAAUUAUUUAAAGGACACUGUUUAUGAAUGAUAAAGGAGCAUCUAUCUAUGUGCGGCUCCUCCUGACUUUGUCGUUAAUUUAGCAACAGCAUAUUGAUGAAACUAAAUAUAUAGAGACUUGUAGAGUUUUGUGAUCUUGAUCAAGCUCGAUCUAGGUCAAGGUAGUAGUAGGCCUUUGCCGUAUAACUUGUUUACCUCGGCCAUAGAGCUUUAUGUGUCGAACAAAACAAGAAGGUGGCUUAUUUUUGACUGGACUAAAGUGUGUAUUACAGCUUUUCAUCUUAGUGUUCGUAUGGCUAUCGUAGCUGCUUCUUCUGGCUCUGAAGAAAAAAAAAAAAGCAGUCAGCAUCGUCUUUGACAGGAGCUUAGCUAGAUUCUCGUCACAAAUGAACCAGUGAAGAAGAUAAUUGUUGAAUGUUAUCAUUGCAAAAGACUGCUCUCAUGUAAGGGGACGCUACUGGGGCUUUCGGGGGUUUUCUGGUUGUUAAGGGCAGUACAGUAGUAGAAGCAACAAAUGGAUAUAUAAGACUUUUCUCAAAUAUUGUAGUGAAAUCUGCCUAAACAAUGCAAUCUUUUUCUGUAUCAGAGUACUGUUAUUUUAGACGUUGACAUGUGGAAUGUAUACAAAACAGUCCAAACGGAUCACUGUUUAGACACAGAUGUUUUCUACUGCUUUUUAGAAGACACCUGCAUGACAGGUAGAGGCUUAGAGAUGAGUCGUGUUCUCGUGGUUUUAGCACAGUCACAGUGGAAAAUGUCUGCUUUGCGUCAUCAUCCGUUCACACCCUGCCUGCAUUUUCACACACUCUUAUACAUUGUCCAUCUGAAACCAAGUAAUUUAGCACUCAUCCAACUGAGAUGUCUCCCAACAGCACAUUCCUCAAUUUUAAUGGAACCAAGUGUGUUCUUUUUUUGUUUUGUUUUUUUUUGGUUUGCCUUGACGAAAGAUGAUCAAUAGUUUACUGAGUUACAAGGUGAUUUUCACGUUGUGUUGUGAGUGUGCCGAUUAAGUUAACGUAUGCCUCUGUUAUGAAUCACUUUUCCUGUAUGUUUGUGUGAUUCUGUUUGCUUUAAAUUUAUGGUUGUUGAGAUUCUGAACCAUAUCUUUUUCUGUUGAUUAUUCUUACCUAUCCAUGUUUUAAAAAAAAUCAUCUCUAGAGAAAAUACUGAAUAUAUCUACUAUGCUUGUCAAUUUAUUCUGCCAGAGUGUAAACAUUAAAAAUACCCUUCUGCUGUCAAAUGGCCAAUAAACUAUUUGCACAUC